AUGAGCUCCAACUCUACAUUUUCAUACGCGCAAGCCGCAAAGGGCUUGCAGGGAACCCCUGCUCCCAGUAAGGCAGCAUCUACAGAGCCAGAGAAGUCUGAGCCCAGAGCGGAGGAGCAGACAAAUGAUGCUACUGCGGAACCUGUGACCGCCGCUCCCGAGAUCGAGACACCGCAAGAUGCCGAGAAGCCCGCCGCGGACGCGCCGACGGAGGCCGAAUUCACCACCGUCACCAGCAAGACGAGGUCGAAGGCUGUCAACUCCAGGACCUCUUCACCAAGUGUCAGCAACCGCUCCAACGCACAGUCGAAAGAGGGUGAAUCCUUGAAUACACCCAACGGCACCGCAGAGGCCUCAGAUAAACAGGCUCAAGAUGGAAAGGCCGAAAAGUCCGAUGCUGGCUCGGAAACUUCCAAGGACAAGUCGGAUAAGUCUGAGAAGUCUGAGAAGUCUGAGAAAUCUGAGAAAUCUGAGAAAUCUGAGAAGUCCGAAAAGUCUGAGAAGGGCGAGAAGUCCGAGAAGUCCGAGAAGUCCGACAAGACCACCCCGCCUAAGGAGCUGAAGGCUGCUCCUCUCCCCUCCGUGAACAUCUGGCAACAGCGGAAAGAGGCACAGGACCUCAAGUCCAAGACUGUUCCAGCAACAACUGCCACCUCCGGCAAGACCACCGAGACCCAACAGGAUUCGUCCAAGGCCAACCCCAAGAAGAAGGGUGCUGAUGGUGCGACCGAGGGCACCAAGGGUGGCAAGAAGAUCGAUGGUGGAAAGGCUCGCGAUGAGGCUCUUCCCGCCGUUGGAGAUGCUACCGCAUGGCCCACUCCCGAGGUUGCUCUGGGUGAGGAGAAGAAGAAGGCUCAGGAGAAGACCGACAAGAGCCCCGUCAUUCGUCCCCACGGCAAGGAGAAGUGGAUGCCCGUCAACUACGUUCCUACUGCUGUUUUCAACACCCCUCUCCCUUCGGCUGGUGGCCGUGGUGGCCGGCGAGCCACUCGUGGUGGACGUGAUGGCGGCCGCGGAGGUGCGCACGGUGCUGGCGCUGCUGCCGGCGAGAAGGCUGCUUCGGGACAAGCUGCCCAAGGAGCCGCCGCCAAGCAGGCUGCUGGCGAGCGAGGACGGACUGAUGCUAACACUGGACGUGCCGCCUCUUUGCCGGCUCAGGCCAGACGGUCCGAUAGUGCCGAGGCUCCCACCGAGGGACGCAAGGCCCAGGCUGUCGAGCGCGGCCGUGGAGCCCGUGGCGCUGAGGAUGCCGCUGCCUCGAACGGAAAGCAGGUCAAUGGCGGCGAGAACGUCUCUCGGCCCCAACGCGAUGGCAAGCAAUUCGUCAAGAACCAGGAGGCCCGCAAUUCGCGCGCUGCCAACCUGGCUGUCGACCCCCAGGCGGCCGCUCGUGCCAGUGACCGCCGCACAGAGUCUGGCUCCAAGUCUGCCGACCCUGCUGGUUUCCACGAGUUCAACCGGGAGCGUGGUGACUCCCACCGCGGAGGCCGCUCAAACCGUGGCCGUGGACCCUACUCUUCCUUCGGUGGCCAGAACGGCCAGUUCGGUAACAUGCCCAACAACUUCGGCAACCCCAAGUUUGGCUUCAACGACCGCCAGCGGUCGCACAACGGUGUUCCCAAUGGCUCUCAGCAGGGCAACCGCAUGCCCUUGAGGUCACCUUCAUUGCCUGCCUCUGCAGGCAUGUAUGGCGGUGUUCCCUACUUCCCCAACGACAUGAAUGUCAACGUCUACGGCUACCAGAACGUGCCCCCUGGGCCGAUGAGUGCAGUUCCUUACCAGCAGUAUAUGGAGCCCUUCUCACUCAUGCCUAUGCUCUCUAUGCAGCUGGAGUACUACUUCUCGGUUGACAACCUGUGCAAGGACAUGUUCCUUCGUCGACACAUGGAUGGCCAGGGUUUCGUCCCCUUGGGCGUGAUCGCUAACUUCAAGCGUGUCAAGUCUCUGACUGAGGACUUCGAGCUCCUCCGCCACGUCUCCCGCACUCUCCGAAACGUCGAGUAUCAGACUGGCGAGGACGGCGUCGACCGCCUCCGUCCCCGCGAGAGGUGGGCUCAGUGGGUCUUCCCUGUUGACCAGCGUGACCCCUCUGCUCAGCACGAAGGUGCUGCUCCUGCCAUGCACGCUGGAAAGAACCACGAGAAUGUUCCUUUCAACCCUCACGUUGACGCCGCUUCCAAUGGUUUCAAUGGGUCGCGAGAAUUCAUCCCCAACGGCACUGGAUCGCGUGGAGCUCAAACGUCGCUGUCUUCCGCAGCUCCCGAGUUCAUGCCAUCAAUGCCAUCGGCUCAGAAUGAAAUUGCCAAUAGCAAUCUACUGGGUAUGAAGAGAUUUGUCAGCAUCCGGAUAGGAUCUGAACAGCGACUGAUUUAUGUUUUCUUGUAUGGCAGCUUCAAUGCCGAAAACAUGCAACGUCGAUUAUCAAGCGAUGUUCACUCAACCGACAACGCCCCUCUCAACCCUACUGCUCCGCCGUCCGAGUCCAAAAAACCCGGUUCUCGUCACCACAAAAAGUCCGUUCAUGCCCGCAACCAAUCCGAGAUUUUUCGCAAUUACGCUUUCGGGGUUCAAGAUCCACGGGUCACCCCAUUUUCGCAUGGCCUUAACACAGGCCCUCCUUAUCGUUCCUGGUCUCAGUACCUUACACGCAAUUUCAAUUUGCAACUGUACAAUGAAUUUCGGCGUCUAGCCAUUGAUGAUCUUUUCACACGACACAAUAACUAUGGAGUCAACGCGUUGACUGGUUUCUACCAGACCUGCCUUUCUUCCCGUCGUCCUCUCCCCGACGAGGUGAUCCACGACAUGGUGCGAUUAUCUCAUGCCCCGUUCAAGGAAUACGAUAAUGUCAUGUACGAUCUUCUCUAUUCGGCUAUGUCGAGUGAGAUGAUGGAGACGAACAAUCGCAAAAAGGCUGGCUAUUACUUCAAUUUCGAGUAUGGUCUUGAUAAAAGGCGCUGGAAGGAAUCUCGUCUGGCGAGAUGA